UCCCAUCUCAGAAGCUUCACAGCCUUCACUUUGUCCGAGAAGUCGAAGGAGGAGCAACAAUGGCGAAGAUCUCAGCUCAGAGAUCCGUCCUCAUACUCUUGGGGGACUAUGCCGAGGACUAUGAGGUAAUGGUUCCCUUCCAAGCUCUGCAAGCCUUCGGAAUCGCCGUCGAUGCUGUAUGCCCUGGAAAAGCCUCCGGCGAGGUCUGCCGCACCGCCGUCCAACAGCUCGAGCCCCAUUACCAGACGUAUACGGAGUCCCGGGGACAUAAUUUUGUACUGAAUGCGACCUUUGAUGAGAUCAAUGCUAAGGAUUAUGAUGGAUUGCUUAUCCCCGGAGGUCGCGCCCCGGAGUAUCUUGCCAUGGAUGAGAAGGUUCUGAGCUUGGUGCGUGAGUUUGUUGAGGCGAAUAAGCCUAUUAUUGCCGUUUGCCAUGGCCAGUUGAUCUUGGCGGCCGCUGGGGUGGUGGGAGGCCGGAAAUGCACUGCCUAUCCGGCUGUGAAGUCGGCCUUGGUUGCUGCGGGGGCUCACUGGGUGGAGCCUGGGACGCUGGCUGGGUUUGUUGUUGAUGGGAAUCUCAUCACAGCCUCGUCGUACAUGGGCCAUCCUUGGUUCAUUCGAUCCUUUGUUGAAGCUCUUGGGGGCUCUAUAUCUGGCGCUGAUAAGAAGAUACUAUUCCUCUGUGGGGAUUUCAUGGAGGAUUAUGAAGUCAUGGUACCAUUUCAGUCACUUGAAGUUCUUGGCUGCAAGGUUGAUGCAGUCUGUCCCAAGAAAAGUGAAGGUGACACAUGUGCUACUGCCAUCCAUGAUUUUGAAGGGGACCAGACUUACAGUGAAAAACCAGGACAUUAUUUUACCCUAAACAAAAGCUUUGAGAGUGUAGAUGCUUCAUGUUAUGAUGGACUUGUGAUACCUGGAGGUCGAGCACCGGAGUACCUUGCAUUGGAUGAGAAUGUCCUUAACUUGGUGAAGCAUUUCAUGGAUGCAGGGAAGCCAGUUGCAUCUAUUUGCCAUGGACAACAGGUCCUGUCUGCUGCGGGUGUUCUUAAGGGGAGGAAGUGCACGGCGUAUCCUGCUGUAAAACUUAAUGUAGUGCUUGCUGGAGCGACAUGGCUGGAACCUCAGCCAAUUCAUCGCUGCUUCACUGAUGGCAAUUUAGUUACGGGGGCAGCUUGGCCUGGACAUCCAGAGUUCAUCUCUCAGUUUAUGUUACUACUCGGUAUUAAGGUUUUGUUCUAAAACAGGCAACCUUUUCUUGGUCAUUAUGCUUGAAUUUCACGGGAAGAGCACCUGUUCAACUUCUCAAUCCUCGUCUGCAAACUAAAAUACUCUGUAAUAAUGUUUCUUCCCCAUCUCUUGGUUUCCACAUAUACCAUAUAUGAUGAGAAUGUGAUGCCAUAAGACACUAUGUUUACCUGCUUUAAAUGAUCAUGUCAAUAUGAAUAAUCUAUUUUCUUGUUGUCUUUC